AUUUGUCCUGUUAAUAUACCGGUACGAGUGUCCCCGGAAAACGAUACUGUAAACAUUGGUAAACAAUAUCAAUAUUGAAAUAGGUGAAGGUAAAUGGAUAGCUGUUAAAAGAUAAUGUAAAAACCAAGUUCAUAUGAAGUAAUUUAUAGCAGAGUAUCAAAGAUGGACUAUAUACCAGAAAGCCCAUAUGAGCGUAUGCGACCUAUGAGAGAGGACUUCAAUUUACGACUUAAUACAUUUACUAACUUUCCUCGGAAUAGCCCUGUUAAACCCCUUGACCUUGUGAGGGAUUAUUUCUAUUACAUUGGAAUUGAAGACAAAUGUCAGUGUACACAUUGUGGAGGUGUUCUUGGUGGAUGGAUGCCUGGAGAUGUAGUUCACAGGGAACACCGAAAACAUUUUCCUGACUGUCCCUUUAUUCAACAGUGCUUACAAAAUCAACAACCAGUAAUUUCUUUACAAUCCUUAAAUCAAAGUGAUGUUUCACAGGAAUACAAUUUUGGGCAAAGUUUUGGACAUAAUUUUGGACAUCAAUCAAGUUCUGGAGCUCCAGUUGCCAUGGAAACCACAGUUUCACCAGAAACCCCUGCUGAUAAGCCAGGAGUUACAAGACCUAAGUAUAGAGAAUAUGCUUUAGAGCAGACUAGAUUAUCUUCAUAUACUGGCUGGCCAUCACAAAUGAAGCAAAAACCUGAAAAUCUUGCCAAAGCUGGAUUCUUUUAUUUGGGCCAAGGAGAUAAAGUGAAAUGUUUCUUUUGUGGAGGCAUAUUAUGGGACUGGGAUCCUGAUGAUGAACCAUACACAGAACAUGCCAAGUGGUUUCCUAAAUGUCCAUGGUUAUCACUAAGUAAAGGGGAUGCUUUUGUUGACAGAGUUCAAAAGGGCUUGAUGACAAUGAAUAUCGGUGAAUCUACAGAACAGACUGUUGCUAAGACUUUAGAAGAAACACAACCAAAAGAAAUCCCUGAAGAUUCAAAACCUAGUACAUCUGCACAGGCUGCUAUAAGUCCUCAAAAGAAAUUCACUUCAGAACAACAUCUUAAUGAAAAAGAACAACUAAAUGUUACAGACAUUAUUGCAGAAAACAGAAGAAUAAAGGAAGAAAAACAGUGUAAAAUAUGUAUGGACGAAGAUGUUAGUGUAGUCUUCUUUCCAUGUGGACAUUUGUCAUGCUGUCCUAAAUGUGCAGUAGCAUUGGACAAAUGUCCGAUAUGUCGAAAAGAUAUUGAAAAACAAGUGAAAAUCUAUUGGUAAUAUAGGUAUGGAAAAAAAGUCGAAAAUGUGAAAAACUGUGAUAUUUUAAAAUUUAGACUAUUGAAAAUUUUUGUUUAAACAUAUUUUAUACAAAAAAUUUCAAUAGUCUAAAUUUCAAAAUAUCACAGUUUUUCACAUUUUCGACUUUUUAUUAGGUUUAAAGUCUGACUAAGUACUGUUAAAAUGAGGCAGUAGAUACCAUGGAGAUAUUCGAAUCUCAUAAGUUAAAGAGACACUGACAAUGCUUUGGCAAAAAACAAAAAUCUUAGAAAAGUACAAAUAAGUACACAAAACACAACAUAAAAAACUAAAGACUGAGAAAAAACACCAACCCCAUCAAAAACACAGGUUAUCUCCAGUUCUCAAGACGUGUAAGGAAAUCCUGCUUCGCUUUUUUGGUUAUGUCACAAUCAAGAAAAAAUGGACAGGAUUGCGGUAAUUCCAAAUGGAACAUAUCUGUGACACAUUUAACCAAUAACGGUCAACCAAUCAUGAUAGCAUCAACUUUACCCCUUGGAACCUUUGGUUCAAUAGCCUCUAUGUAAGUAGCAACCUUCUUUCAAGGAAAUCAUAAUAGGAAAUUCAAGUUCUGGAAUAUUAAAUCAACUAGGAUAUAUAUUCCAUAUGCAGACUAUGCUGGAAUGUUGCUACAUAAAAUGGAAAGUUUACAAUUGGGAAGCUGAAAUCCCUUUUGUCGUAAAGUUUUGUCUGCAACUGACCCUCAUUGUCAAUUUCUAGAUGUAAGUCAAGAUAUGAGGCAGACUUAUCUGUAUCUGUUGUAUCAUUUAUUUCAAGUGCAAUAGGAUAGAUACAUUCAUUAUAGUCACCAAACUUUGAAUUAUUAAGUAAAAAGCAGUAGAAUUAAAAGGACUGUGCAAGGCACAGCAUAAUAUGACCAAAUCACAUGGCUACAAAGUAAAAGUUACAGAAGUGUAAAAUAAAAGUAUGUGUAGAUGAAAUUAGUGUGCUUGACUCAGUAAUAUCCUUGAUAAAUGUUAGACACACAAUGUGUUGAAUAAAGUUGUGUGCUUCCUAUUGUCCUGGUAUGUCUAAAACAGUAAGCAUUUCUAAGUAAAAAGAGUAGAAAUUAAAAGCAUUUCUCAAAUUAAAAAAAAUGAAAUUUUACAAAGUUUCAAUAUGGAAUUGCAAAUAAGAAAUAACAUUCCUGUCAUCAGUUUUAUUUUUAACUAACUCCAGGAAAUUAGAAUGAGGUAAUUGAUUUUUUAACAGACUUUGCAAUUAUACUGAAUGCCAAGGGGGAAUAUUUGCUAUGUAAAUUAUUUUAAUUCUGAAAAUUUUGUUGUUGCUACCAAUUCUUAAAAAAAAAAAUGAGAAGAUAAAUAACCAUUUAAGUGAGUGUUUUUGUAAGUUUAAAGAUUAUGUUUCGAAAUUUUUUUAAAUUGUCUUUUUUGUUUAUUCACACAAGCACUGAAUUUAUUCACCAGAUGUUAGUCUUAAUGUAAAGCAUUUGGCUCAUUGGCCCAAAAAUAUUUUUUUCACAAAAUUUUUAUAUAUCAAAAGUAUUGUUACUACUCUUUUGAGAAAAUAAUUACUAGGUCUAAUACAUUUUCAAUGGUAUAUGGGGCAGUAGGCUUCUUAUUAUCAUAUAGUCUUGUUUAUUUCACUCUUGUUAUAGAUAUAUCAGGUUUUUAUGUAUAUGUAUGAAUAUUUCGUUAUUUAUUUAAUAAUUAUAUAGUGAUUAUGGAUAUUGUACAUAUGAACUUAAAAAACAAACACAAUGCAGAUGUUAUUGUGUCAAUUGUUAAAAAGAAACACAAUGCAGAUUUUAUUGUGUCUAUUGUUAUGUUUACCAAAAAACUAAGAAGGAAAAUAUUUUAUAACAACAGAAAAACAGCAAUGUUGUUGUGAUGAAAAAGUUUGAUGAAAAACUACUGAAUUUUGUCAAAAUAAUUUUUUAUUUUACUAAACAUUAUUUACAUUGUAUUUGUACUCUAUAGAAAAGUAUUCAUUAUAUCAAUGGUCAAGCAUGAUUUGAUAGGCUAUAUAAAUACUGAUAGUACUUUUUGCACUACAAAACUGUUUCAUCUUACUUGUAUACUAUACUGACACUCCUUUAAUACCAAUUGUUUACCAGGGGCGGAUUCAGGCGGGGGCGUGUGCCCCCUUAAAUUUGCAAAGCAUGGGUUAUCCUCAGCUUAAUAAAGAAUAUUUCAAUAAUUUUACCUAAAAAAAAUUUCGCCUCGAUUCGCUCGGCAGUGGUGUAGCAAGGUUUUGUGAUCAGUUGGAAAGGGGUGGGGCAGGGUUGUAUUAUAAGUAAAAAGGUGUUAAACUGGCUUAGGAGUUGGUUGGAAGCUUUUUGUGUUGGCAUGAGGUGACAGCCAAAAACAAAUAGAGCUACCGAACACCAACUGGGAAACUCUGCUUCUCCAUGGCCAAUAACAAAGUAAACAAUAAAUUCUUUAUGCAAAGUUAACCCACUGGUUAAAAGUUCUUGAAGAAAAUUACAUACUCAGUUAAAAUACUAAAUCCCUGGGAUGUGUUUUAGUUGAUUUUUGUCUCUGAUGCAUGAUUUUUUAUUAUUAAUUGUUUUUGGCUUUUAAGGUGGUACAUAACACUACAGGGAGAUAAAUCUGUAAAAGUCAGCUGAACCUUUCAAUCACGUCCUAUUGUUAAGGAAAUAUUAAGCUUCUAAAUGAUAAAAAUUUGUGUUUGUCAAACUGCUAUAUAUCCAAUGAAAUUUUUCCGAUAAAGUGUGUGGUUCAAGUUUUUUGAAAUUUUUAUAUUUUUGUCAAAGGGUCAAAGUUAAUGUUUUGUCAAAAUUUCAUGAAAAUUGAACUAGCCAAGUUAAUUUUAGUCAAGGUGUUUGGUACCACCUUAACUAGCUGUCAGUAACUGUGAGUACUCUCAAAUCGUACUUUCUUAAUUUGACCUAUUGAUACUAUUUGUAAUGCUUUUUUGUUAUUUAAUGUUUACUUAUUCAGGGUUAUAUCUGGUCUAUAUACCAGCUUUGAUAAGUGUUUGGUAUUACUAUAAAUUUUCACUUCUUCGUACUGUGAACAUCAAAAUUAUUUAUUUUGUAAAAAUAUUUCCUUUCUCCAUUUAAACUGUAUACCUACAAAAUUAUUUUCAUUUACCUGUGUAUAAUAUUAUUGUAAAUGGCAGAUUUUCUUUCAAUGUUAUUGUUGUUUUUCUGAAAUUGUUUAACAUUUCGCAGCGGUAUAAUACUGUUACUUGAAUUAUUCUUCCCUUAUUUUAUUGAUUUUGUAUUUAUUAUCAUAGAUCAAAUUUAUUCAUUCAGUGUAUGUUCACUUGUGUUAAUAUGUCUUUUGAUUGAGUUAAGCCAUUUCAAUUGAUAUUUUAUAGUGUGUCAUUCUAUUUUGUGAUGUUACACUAUUGUUUCAGAUAAGGGUGAAGGUUUGGUACCAUUAAAACAUUUAAACCCGCUGCAAUUGUUUGCACCUGUCCUAAGUCAGGAAUUUGAUGUUCAGUAGUUGUCGUUUGUUUAUGUGGUUCAUAAGUGUUUCUCGUUGCUCGUUUUUUAUAUAGAUUAGACCGUUGGUUUUCCCGUUUGAAUGGUUUUACACUAGUUAUUUUUGGGGCCCUUUAUAGCUUGCUGUUGGGUGUGAGCCAAGGCUCUGUGUUGAAGACCGUACUUUGACCUAUAAUGGUUUACUUUUAUAAAUUGUGACUUGGAUGGAGAGUUGUCUCAUUGGCACUCAUACCACAUCUUCUUAUAUCUAUCAGGUGGUAAAAGAAACUUAAGUAUCGUGAAAAAAGAGGUGACUGCCUGGCUGAUCAGAAAAUUGCUUACAUGAAAUACAGAUACUUGAAGAUUUAAAUUGGAUUUUUUUUGUUAGUGUAAAAUGAGCAGGAUAACUUGGAUUUUGAUUUAUUGAUCUAUAAAUGAAUUGCACAAUCAUGUUGUGAUGUUUUACGAGGAGCGUGUCAUAGCAUUUAAAAGAUAUAAUUAAACACAAACUGUUGUCCAACAAUAUAUAUAUUUAAAAACUUUACAUUUUUGUCUUGUUAAUGAGUUGUUUGAUUUGUCCUUUUAACAUAGUCAACCCAUAAUUUUUAGUUCUCAUGGUAAACUAAUAUUUCAUAGCAAAAGUUAUCUUGUAUUGGAAAAAUUAUUAAUUUGACAAUUUUUUUUCUGAUAUUCUGCCAAAUUAAGAUUUCAGCAUAAUUCAGUAACAUAAUAUGUGUGGAUACACUAUAGAACCCUUUUCAAGUUCAAUGGUAGACACUUGAGAGGGACUGACUUAUUCAGUUACACCUAUUGCUUUUGUUGUCUUGAUAAUCUUUUUUGCCUACCUCAGUUAGUACUGGUUGACAUUUUAAUGCCCCACGUUAGCAGAGGGGGCAUUAAGUGUCACCCUUAUCCGUCUGUCUGUACGAACAUCCCGAAAUUGGUUUCCUUUCUCUAACUUUAGUUUGCGUCAACAAACUGUUAUGAAACUUAUACACAAUGCUUAUUACUACAAAACUCAGAUCAAGUUUGAAUUUGGGUGGCGUCACUUUUACCGUUCUUGAGUUAUGUCCCUUUAUAGUGUUAUAUGCAAGCGGGCGCAUCAUCUGUGUCCCAAGGACACAUUCUCUAUUUAUUCUCUAUGUUUUACAGUUGUAUAAAUCAUUCAAUUAGCACUUAGUUUUAUAGAACAAGUAUAAGCAAUCAAAAUUUCAUUUUAAUGUUAGUAUUUAAAUAUAGGUGUGCUUUAACUGCAGUAUUCUACCAAAUUUCAUUAUGACAAUUCUUGUUCUGUAAUAUGUUUAAAUUGUUUGUACAGUUUAGAUGUUAAAUCUAUUAUCCACAUGACAAAAAGCUUUCUAGGGUUAACCCCUCUUCUAAAUACAAUGAUAUCAUUGACCCCAUCAAUAACAUUGUUUAUAAAUUGAUAUGUGGAAGUAAAUUGUAGAAAAAACACUGGAGUGUGAUAAUGAUGAAUCCACCCUCAUGCUUUCUUUCUAACUCUUUCCUUUCUUUUUUCUCCCUAUGAAAUUUUGCAUGUGUUUAGUUUUUAUGGUUCACCUAAGUGUGUCAUUUUGUCAAUGGUAACUAUGCCACUUAUUAAGUUGUUAUUAAGGUCGCACAACAGUCCAAGUCAGAAAAAAUUAGGAUGCUUGUAUAUAAAUAGAUAAAACUGUGUCAUUUAAUACGAUAUUAAGAGAAAUUAAAAUAUUUCAGGAGAGAUAGCCAAAAAUCAUUUCCAAAACAGUCAGUAAACCAGCAUUACCUACAUGUUUCUGAAUGACUAUUUGGAAGAAAAUAAAAAUAAAAUGACAUCAUUCUUAUUCUAAAAUUAAGGCCAUCAGCUUCAGAUAUGCUAAAAGAAUGUUUUUUUCCAUCAUAAAGAGUGAAAAGUGCUACUAAAGUUUUGUAAGAAUUUGAUAUGAGGUCCAGAUAAAGAAUGAGUCCAUUUUGAAUGUUGGUAAUAGAUAAAGAUAGUGACUGUUGUGAUACCUUGUAUGUUUUAUAUACUGCUGUAAUACCCUGCUGUAAUACUCUGUGUUUGUAAAGGUCAAUGCCUUCUACUUGUUAUUGCAUUACAGAAUGUCUGGUGUGUUGUGAUAUAGUAAAACAGUGAUUCUUAUCCCUGACAUAUAACUUAUCAUUCACAAAAUCUUUCAGAAUUUUGGGUCCUCACUGCUCUGCAUCUUCAUACUUUAUUAAACUUUUUAACUUCUUUUAUUUGAGGGUCACUAAUAAAUCUUCUGUUGAUGAAACGUGUCUGGCCUAAAAAAUUAUAAGCCUGGUAACUUUGAAAAUUUUUUUUUUUAAGUUUUAGUUUUAAGGCAGUUCUUAAUGUUUUAAGACAUAUUUUGGGAAUUUCUAUUCAGACAUGUGAUAUACAGAAGAAACUUCUUUAAACCCUUAUAACAAAUAUUAUAAACAAACCUAUAUGAGAUAUAACUUCUACAGCAAGAUCAUUGGUGCACCUUGUGUUCAAUUAUUUAUAAUGUUUAUCUGUAAUAAAAGAUUCAUGGUUUAAACAAAAUAUCAGCCUGGAUAUAGUGUUAUCCUAUUGUGACAUAUCAUUUAUUGUGUAUUACAUAAUGUCUGCACAUAGCAUUUAGUUGAAUAUACAUGUACUGUAUUUAUUAGUAGUAUUUUUACAGAGGAAUAUAUGCUUUCAGUUUUAUGCACAGACUAAUGAAAAGGUUAUACAGAUAACAGUUCGUUUUCUCGUUUAUUCAGAAAGUUGAAUAUUCAAAGAGAGACUUUGUCAAAAAAUGUGGAAACAAGUAAGAAAAAUAUAUUUGAAACUAGAAAAAUAUCAAUAUUAAAAGGAAUAUUCAUAUGCACUGCAGUUUGCUUGAGCCAAAACUAAAUACAAAUGCAUAUAUUAAUGAAAGAUUUAUGUUUGAAUAAUUAAGAAUUUUUUAUUGAGAAUUUUUGUAUAGAAAUACAUAAUCAGGGUUUAAAUACAUGUCAUCCUUACAUUGUUUGAACUAUAGCUUUUACAAUGUUAUAUUCACCUUCUUCAUAUAUAUUAAUUCUGUAAUUAUUGUAUCCCCUGACAGCAUCCAUGUUUAGGGAUCACUUCUGUUGUCACACUUUACAAUAGUCUGAAACUACUUGAAAAUGGCUUGACACAAUUCAACCUAUUAUUUUAAUUUUCUGGUUUGUUAUCCAGAGUUAUAAGAUUUUAAUUGUUAGAUUUAAGUAAAUUUUUAAAAAAAUGAUUUACUGAUAAUUUAACAUAAUUGUAGGAAUUUUAGCUGUUUAUUUUACAGCGAACCUGUUAUUUCUAUUUUUGAUCUGAGUGAUUUUUUGGAGUUUCCCAUACCAAAACAUGAGCUUAGUUAUUUCUGCUUUUAUUAUUUUCAGCAGGAGAGUGAUUGUUUCAUUCAAACAUUGUUUUUAUUUUUAAGGUUUACACAGAUUUUUAUUAAGUUAUCACUUUUUUAUGUAAAAAGACUCAGAACUCAAAAUUGUUGAUCUAUUUCAAAAUUUUACACUUAUAGAUUUGAUGCAAAAAAUUUAGUUUGUCAGAAGUUUUGUUUAGAUAAGGUGAAAAUAUCAUUCUGCAAUUUACAAUAAUGAUUGUGAAUUAUCUAUCACUCUGCAAUUUGAAAAGUUAUAGUUUCAGAUUUCUGCUUGUCAGUUGGAUAUAACAUAUUACAUAUACUUCCAAAUGCAUGGAAUAUCGAAAAUUAUCUUCCCUACAAUUUGCCUGUUUUUCGAAGAAAUUUGAAUACAGUACUCAAUAAGUUGAUAAAAGGAUAAAAAGGUGGGAAUAGAUUAUAUAAUGUAAUAUUUUGUUUUUAUUCUAAUCCAUAAGUUACUUAGGACAAAAGUUUAAUUAGAAUAUUUUCUAGCACUAGUCUUUGAUCUAAAAGGUACAAUUUGACUAAAACAGACUAUUUGAAAGCAAAGUAUGAGGAAAAUGAGAUAUUGAGGUAUUUGUGGAUAAGACACCAAUCAAAAGACACCUAGCCUAGAGGUUAUCUCAAAGUUUUCAACAAUAGACAAAUGUCCAUACAGUUAAGCAAGCUUUUAAUCCAACUGAACCCAGACAAGAUGUGAAUAAGUUUAACAGAGAUUUUGAAAUAUCUGCCAACAAAAUAAAAUACAUUAAAACUAUAAAUUUGACUGCACAAGAUGCACCUCCUGAAUGAUAAAACACAUCACAUUUUUUGUGUGUAAAUUUUGACUAAUUUUUUAUAUGGUGUUUAUGGAAUAUUAAGUGUAAUUAUUUGAUGCAUGAUCCUAUAUAUGAUAUGAUUAUUAUAUUGUUUUUUGUUUGAUAUAGUACUCUGUUUUGCAUAGUAACUGUGAUAUUGCUAAUUUCGUUUAUGUAAUACAAUUUUGAUAUAAAACAGAGUUCAGAAGAAUAUUGUGUUUGACAGUAGCACAAUGCAGAUGAUGGUGUACCCUUAAAUGUAGGAACUAAAGGUUUCACAUCAUAGCUAGUGAGUCUGAUAUGAAAUAAAAAAUGAAAACAA